AUAAAGAGGUAUUCCUUCCGGGUCUCGGAGGUUACACAAAUCAAAUGCAAAAACAUAACAAUGGCUAAUGCGGCAAAUCUAAACGCUGUGCGAGAGACUAUGGAUGUUCUUCUGGAGAUCUCAAGGCUUUUGAACACUGGAUUGGACAUGGAGUCACUUUCCAUUUGUGUUCGCCUUUGUGAGCAAGGAAUCAAUCCAGAGGCCCUUUCUUCUGUAAUAAAGGAGCUCCGUAAAGCUUCAGAGGGAUUAAAGACAUCUGAAAACAGUACAAGCUAAGGAAGACAGAGAUAGCCUUGUAUGAACAAAUCGGACAAUGUCACCGGCCCCAUCCACAAAGCUGAAAAACCUGCCUGAAUAAAGGAAGCUUUGUGCGUCUUAAAGGAGUUACACAAAACAUUUCUGUUUCAUCAGAGGCCAUCUAGGUAUUUCUAUUUAUUAAAAGUGAAUGUGACUGUGUGAUUAAUGCAUUCUACCACAGAGGUAUUUUUCUUUGCUAAUAUACUGUUAAUGUUGUCACAGUAUUUCAACCUUACUGUUAAGUGGCAUUUACCCAAAGUUGAAAAUGAAAGCAUAUUGUAACUUCUCUUUAAUGAGUGCUAAUGCACAAUAUAGGCUACAUUUGAAUUGAACUUCUUUUCAUUUCUGCAAUUUUGAUUUAUUAAUUAAAUUGAAUUAAAUUCCAUGUUUAAAGAAUAACUGUAUAAGGAAUCAUUUCAAUCGCUAUAGACUUGGGUGGCAAGCUGUUGUACACUUGCAUGCUUUUUUACUGCAGUGUGCUCCAAAUGUUUCCUAAUCGUUACUGCAACACAACAUCUUAAGCUAUAAAUAGAAUAACUAGUAAGAAACCUUAAGCUAUAAACAGAAUAACUGGUAAGACUACCAUUGUAUUGCCACUGAUUUUAUUUGGCCACACCUGAGCUUAAUUAGACGUAUCUAAGGGCAGGCUUUCCCAGACUGGUAGAAGGGAGCAAGGUCAUUUCAAAGGAGCUGCAGCACAUAGAUAAAUACUCUCUGCCGACAGCUGUCAAAGCAAUGCUCCUCAGGCCAGGUUAUACACUGAACAAAAAUAUAAACGCAACAUACAACACUUUCAAAGAUGUUACUGAGUUACAGUUCAUAUA